ACAAAAAGCAUAGUGGGACAUUUAGAUCCACUCACGCCAUUAUAUAUUAAACAAAGCUUGUGAUUUCUAUUUAAAAGGGCAUCAGUGUCCUCUGUGUACUAUGAAUCCCAUUUGCAAAGUCGAUAUUAACAGACCAGAGUGCCAGGAAUGGAUGGUCAAAGUCUAUGGGAAAUGUCGGAAUCUUUUCAACAACAUGGGUAAAUUGCCUAUGUGGUGGCUUGACAACGCUCCUGCGGCUUAUAAGGUGGACGUUGAAGCCAUGACCGCCGAAGAUUGUCAUCGGCUAAAGCGGGAAUUGGGCAAGGAAGUGGAAGAAGAGGAUACCUCCACACCGUCCAAUGAGUUCAACCUGGGCAGAAUGGUGGGUGUCUUUUUGGCAUUUGCUGCAAUCUUGAUCCUUUUCAUUCUUCUGUGCGGUAUGAAGCGGGGAAACAUUAGAUCUGCUAAGGCCAAGGCUUUAAAACCAGACCCACUGGAAGCCCCACCAGUCCAGCAGCGUCUAAAAAGAGCAAAAAAGAAAUGCAAAAGCUGGAUGCGGAGAAGCUGUCGACCCUUUUUCCUUCAUAACGAGUCUCAAAUAAAGCAGUUCAGAGCACGGGCUGAAAAGGAGGUAGCUGUGCAUACGGAACGCACCCAGCAAAAGAUCGCUAUGUGGAGAAGAGCCCGGGAGCGGGAUGCACAGAAGAAAAGUGAAAAGAUCCAUCGAAGCAUAGACAAGGCUUCGAGAAAGUAACUCCAAUGGGGGCCAAAAGAUCGCAGUUUCAUUCAUUGAAUAUGGCAACAGCAACUACUGCCAUUUAGUAUAUUUU